GGCUCCGCCUCUCCGCAGGGCGGGGGAUCCGGUCACCGCCUGCCUCCUCCUCCCCUUUCUUCGGCGGCUGCGGUGCGGGUGGCAGCGGCUGCGGGAGCUCCGGAGAGCGCGAUGGCGGCCAACUGCGAGCGCACCUUCAUCGCCAUCAAGCCCGAUGGCGUCCAGCGAGGGCUGGUGGGAAAGAUCAUCAAGCGGUUCGAGCAGAAAGGCUUCCGCCUGGUGGCCAUGAAGUUCGUGCACGCCUCUGAAGACCUUCUCAAACAACAUUACAUUGACCUGAAAGAUCGACCAUUCUAUCCCAGUUUGGUUAAAUACAUGAACUCUGGACCUAUUGUGGCCAUGGUAUGGGAAGGUCUCAACGUUGUUAAAACUGGGAGAGUAAUGCUGGGAGAGACAAAUCCAGCAGACUCUAAGCCUGGUACCAUCCGUGGUGACUUCUGCAUUCAAGUUGGAAGAAACAUCAUCCACGGCAGCGACUCUGUGGAAAGUGCCCAGAAGGAGAUCAACCUGUGGUUCAAACCUGCGGAGCUCAUUGACUACAAAUCCUGUGAACAUGAUUGGAUCUACGAGUGAAAGGAGUUUCCACAACAAAUUGUGCCUUCUGAACAUGUCAUCUCAUUCCAGCUAUUGACCUGGGAGCAACUACCACCACGGUUAUCGUAGUCAUUGUCAGCAGUUUCAAAUAAAUAGAUAUGAACUAA